AGCCCGAGGCCCGGCAAGCGGAGGACGGGGAGGCCCCGGAGGCGGUCCCGGCGGCGACUCCCCGGAGCCGAGCCGGCGGCGGCAGCAGCAGCAGGAGAGGCGGCCAUGCAGCGCCCGCCGGCGGCGGCGCCAUCCGUGCGCCAGAGCCAGAAAACUGCUUUUCAUCGCUCUCAGACUCUAAAUUACAAAAAUGGAUUUGCCAUUAAGCAUCUGCCAACUGUGGGAAUCGGGCGGGAGCGACUUCACGUCAACCAGCUGUCCCAGGCUGAAUUGGACGAACUGUCCAACAAGAGACCGACGCUCACCUAUGGGCAGCCCAAGCAAGCUCCGCCUUCUGAUUUCAUCCCAGCGCACGUGGCUUUCGACAAAAAGGUGUUGAAGUUCAACGGUUACUUCCAGGAAGACGUCCCUGUAUCUACGGAAGAGCAUUUCCGUGUCCGGCAAGUGGACCUUUAUUACUACCUGGAAGACGACAGCAUGUCUGUCAUGGAACCCAUGGUGGAAAACUCAGGGAUCCCUCAGGGCAAGUUCAUCAAACGGCAACGCCUGCCCAAGAACGAUCGCGGGGACCAUUUUCAUUGGAAAGACCUGAACCGAGGCAUCAACAUUACCAUCUACGGCAAGACUUUCCGUAUAGUUGAUUGCGAUGCGUUUACGCAGACUUUUCUGGAGAGCCAAGGGAUUGAACUGAACCCACCAGAGAAAAUGAUUUUUGACCCUUACACAGAACUGCGCAAAAUGCCCCUGCGCAUGUAUGUCACACCCUCGGAUUUUGACCAGUUGAAACAAUUCCUGACCUUUGACAAACAGGUCCUUCGUUUUUAUGCCAUAUGGGAUGACACCGAAAACAUGUUCGGGGAGUGCCGGCGUUUUAUCAUUCACUACUACUUGGCGGAUGAUACCGUGGAGGUGCGGGAGUGCCACGAGAGAAAUAACGGCAGAGACCCUUUCCCUGUGCUGAUCAGGCGCCAACGCCUGCCCAAGGCAACGGUGGAGAAAAAAGAAACCUUCCCAACUUGUGUGCUGGAGAUCUCUGAUCAAGAGGUCCUCGAGUGGUUUACCGCUAAGGACUUUGCAGUAGGCAAGUCCACCACCCUUCUCGGGCGCUCUUUCUUCCUCUACGACUGUGACGAGUUCACUCGGCAGUUCUAUCGGGGCAAGUUUGGCAUCGAUGACUUCCAGCCAGUGGAUGUAAAGAAGCCGCCCCUAGAAGAAGUGAAGCAGGUCAUCCCUCCCUACAAUGGUUAUGGGUUCGUGGAAGACUCUCUCCAGAAUUGCUUCAGCCUGAUUCCAAAGGCACCUCAGAAAAACGUCAUCAAGAUGCUGCAGAAUGACCGUAAAGUGUUACGCUUUGCCGUCUCGAUGGAGUCUCCCAAUCCGGAGGACAGGAAGCGUCGCUUCAUCCUCUCCUAUUGCCUAGCCACGGACAUGAUCAGCAUCUAUGAGCCUCCGAUGCGCAAUUCGGGAAUCAUUGCGGGCAAAUACCUGGGCAAGACCAGGGUCCCAAAGCCCGGCUCCUCCACAGACAGCCCCGUUUACUAUGAACCAGCUGACCUCACUAUUGGGGCCACCGUGGAAGUGUUUAGCCACCGUUUUGUGAUCACUGACGCUGAUCUGUACGUCCUGAAUUACAUGGAAAGCAAUCCGGAAAGCUUCCCCGCAGCCGUGGUACAAUCCAUGCGGGACCACUUUGCACCUCGCCAGGCGGCAGCGGAGGCAAUCAAGAGGCUGGAUCAAAGCAAACCCGACCCACAGGAACUGGACACUGUCGUGGCUCAGACUCAGGAGCACCUGCAGCGACACAACUACUUGUUUGACAGCAGCAUGCAAGCGACGUUCCUGCAGCAAGACAAAGAUGGCUCAGGACUCCUGGACAAGGUGGAGUUCCUGGCUCUCUGCGACCACUUUAAAGUGCCGGUCGAUGACCCACUUUUCCAGAAGCUCAUCAGCCUUUGUUCUCAUGGAGAAAAUCAGAUAAAAUAUCCCAGCUUUCUUCGAGCUUUCCAGUGCUAAUCACCGUGAGAGGAAAAGAAAAAGAGAGAGAGGUCAGAACUUUGCUAUGUAUAUCAAGUGUGUAUCCAAGUAUUAAAGUGAGCUAGUUCUUGAGCA